UUGGCCUGCCCUUUGUGCCCGCCGCCCGCGCCCCGCGCCCCGCGCCGAUGGCCGCCGUGCCGGGCUCCCCGGCCGCUCGCGCCCGCGAGCAGACCUGACCCCGCGCGCCUGGGAUGCGCCGGGGAUGCGCGUCCUCCGGCCCUGCGGCUCCUCGCGGCUGGGCUCCGGGAGAUGGAGCUGAGCAUGAAGAAGUUCACGGUGCGCAGGUUCUUCUCCGUGUACCUGCGCAAGAAGUCGCGCUCCAAGAGCUCCAGUCUUAGCCGACUCGAGGAAGAAGGCAUUGUGAAGGAGAUUGACAUCAGUCACCAUGUGAAAGCGGGCUUUGAGAAGGCCGACCCUUCCCAGUUUGAACUGUUGAAAGUUUUGGGACAAGGCUCCUAUGGAAAGGUGUUCUUGGUGAGGAAAGUCAAGGGGUCGGAUGCUGGACAGCUCUACGCAAUGAAGGUUCUUAAGAAGGCCACCUUGAAAGUUCGGGACCGAGUCAGGUCAAAGAUGGAGAGAGACAUUCUGGCCGAGGUGAAUCACCCUUUCAUCGUGAAGCUUCAUUACGCCUUCCAGACAGAGGGGAAACUCUACCUGAUUCUGGACUUCCUGCGCGGAGGGGACCUCUUCACCCGGCUCUCCAAAGAGGUGAUGUUCACGGAGGAGGACGUCAAGUUCUACCUGGCGGAGCUGGCCUUGGCCUUGGACCACCUGCACAGCCUGGGCAUCAUCUACAGAGACCUGAAGCCAGAGAACAUCCUCCUGGACGAAGAGGGGCAUAUUAAGAUCACAGAUUUCGGGCUGAGUAAAGAGGCCAUCGACCACGACAAGAGAGCCUACUCCUUCUGUGGGACAAUCGAGUACAUGGCGCCCGAGGUGGUGAACCGGCGCGGCCACACGCAGAGUGCGGACUGGUGGUCCUUCGGCGUGCUCAUGUUCGAGAUGCUCACGGGGUCGCUGCCAUUCCAGGGGAAGGACAGGAAGGAGACCAUGGCCCUCAUCCUCAAAGCCAAGCUAGGCAUGCCGCAGUUCCUCAGCGUGGAGGCCCAGAGUCUGCUGAGAGCGCUCUUCAAACGGAACCCCUGCAACCGGCUGGGUGCCGGGCUGGACGGCGUGGAGGAGAUCAAGCGCCACCCUUUCUUCGUCACCAUCGACUGGAACAAGCUGUACAGGAAGGAGAUCAAGCCGCCCUUCAAGCCAGCGGUGGGCAGGCCGGAGGACACCUUCCACUUCGACCCCGAGUUCACGGCGAGGACACCCACAGACUCACCUGGCGUCCCCCCCAGUGCCAACGCCCACCAUCUGUUUAGAGGAUUCAGUUUUGUGGCCUCCAGCCUGGUCCAGGAGCCCUCGCAGCAAGAUCUGCACAAAGCCACGGUUCACCCCAUUGUGCAGCAGCUACACGGGAACAACGUCCACUUCACCGACGGCUACGAGAUCAAGGAGGACAUCGGGGUGGGUUCCUUCUCUGUGUGCAAGCGCUGCGUGCACAAAGCCACGGACGCCGAGUACGCCGUGAAGAUCAUCGACAAGAGUAAAAGGGACCCCUCGGAGGAGAUCGAGAUUCUCCUGCGCUACGGCCAGCACCCCAACAUCAUCACCCUCAAAGACGUUUACGACGACGGGAAGUUCGUGUACCUGGUGACGGAGCUGAUGCGCGGCGGCGAGCUGCUGGACCGCAUCCUGCGGCAGCGGUACUUCUCGGAGCGGGAGGCCAGCGCCGUGCUGUGCACCAUCACCAAGACCAUGGACUACCUCCACUCACAGGGGGUUGUUCACCGGGACCUAAAGCCGAGCAAUAUCCUGUACGUGGACGAGUCUGGAAACCCCGAAUCCAUCCGCAUCUGUGACUUCGGGUUUGCCAAGCAGCUGCGAGCCGAGAACGGGUUGCUUAUGACCCCCUGCUACACGGCCAACUUCGUGGCCCCGGAGGUCCUGAAGCGGCAGGGCUACGACGCGGCAUGUGACAUCUGGAGCCUGGGGAUCCUGCUCUACACCAUGCUGGCGGGAUUCACCCCUUUUGCAAAUGGGCCGGACGACACCCCCGAGGACAUCUUGGCAAGGAUCGGCAGUGGAAAGUACGCCCUUUCCGGGGGAAACUGGGACUCCAUCUCUGACGCGGCCAAGGACGUCGUGUCCAAGAUGCUCCAUGUGGACCCUCACCAGCGCCUGACGGCAGUUCAGGUCCUCAAACACCCUUGGAUCGUCAACAGGGAGCACCUGUCCCCAAACCAGCUCAGCAGACAGGACGUCCACCUGGUGAAGGGAGCCAUGGCUGCCACCUACUUCGCUCUCAACAGAGCCCCUCAGGCCCCGCGGCUGGAGCCCGUGCUGUCGUCCAACCUGGCCCAGCGCCGGGGCAUGAAGAGACUCACGUCCACGCGGCUGUAGCCAAGCCCCGCGCCUUCUCCUGCAGCCCGGAGAGGAUCGGACGGUGACCCCCCGGACGCGCGGCCAGGACGACCUGCCCCCUCCGCCCCCGCCAACCAGACGGAGUCCUUCCUGCACCCCUGACCGUGCCGAGAACCCGGGGGCUCCUCCCGGCCCGUGAGCCUUGCACAUGGCUUGUGUUUCUGUGGAGAGAUGGCUCCUCCAGCUGUAAAGUCAGCAACCUGGUCCCACCUCCGGCACACGCAGCCUGGAUGUCACCGCGAGGAGGGGGCGGUUCCCGGCCCCUGCGCUCGGCCUGUGCCCGCGGCUGAGUGACCGGCGGGUGGACGCCUGGUCCCUCCGAAUGAACCAAAGAGCCCUUGUCUCCUCCAACCCCCGCCCCCCGCUUGGACCGACACCCCGCCUUCUCUCCUGUUGCAGAGCUGGGGAGGGGCGAGGAAACCUCAGAACCAGUGGCCGCGUUUCACAAGCAUCGCUGGUGUCCUCUCGCCCGGGAAGGAGCCAGCCGAAGCCUGUGCCCCCUGACGAGGACCGGGGACUGGCGGAGGGCUGCUCCACUCCUGUCCCGAACUUGCGAGAGGUCCUGGGCUCCCCCGAGUGCCGGCUCUCCCUUUCCUGGUCCGUGGAAGCGCCGCGGUGGCCGCCGGAAACCCCGAGCCCGGUUGCCUCCAUCCGCCCUCUCUCUGUUCCCCUGGAGACCUCUGCCGCGCCCCCGCCCCGCCCGCGAGAGAGGCCAGCAGCAGGAUGCUCGCAGAGGGCAGGGGGGCCCUUUGUGGAAGCUGUGCUUUUGUGCCGUGUGUUGUGUUUCUGUCGCACAGGGCUGUUCUCAGCUGAAGCGUCAGGGAUGUUUAAUGUCUCUGCUGGGCGUGUGCACGCGGGAGUGGGCGUCGUCCGGCAGCGCUGGGCCCCCCUGCACUCAGGCGGGGACGGCGCGCCUGUUUUCAGCCAGGUUCUCACCUAGAAGACAGGAUUUAAAAGUCACUCUGGCACUCAACCCCAAAAUCAACGAAUGCCGCACUCUAAAACUAUAGCUCCCUAUCUCUGUCUAAUGGUCUUCAGACCUUAAAAUAUAAGCAUAUUGGUGAAGCUUUAAUUAUUCCACGAGGCUUUUUUUCCCCCUCAGAACCACGCUGAAUGAAAAGGUGGGAACAGAUCCCUGUACCUGUUUUCCCACAAAACCCUUUCAGGCAUUUCUCAUAUUUCUCAAUAGAAAGUGCUUUUUCCCCGAGGCUCAAGAGACUUUUACCCGCAAGGGUUUUGUCUUAGGUCAGAACGGUUUCACCUGUUAUUGGACACUUAAGCAAACCCGCGUGGCCCCAGGUCACAGGUUUUGUCCUCCCGGAAAUCAACCAUGAUCGUUUGUAUCUUGUUUGCUGCACAGAGAACGUCCGGCCCACCUGCUCCUGGGCCUUUGUCCUGGGCUUGUGGGCAGGUUCGUUCACUUGCUUCGGAGUCGGAGCCUUGCGAUGGAGGGAGAGAGAAGGCCGAAGAGGUGCAGCGCUGGGAGGGGGUCGGCGUGUCCUCUGAGCGGCCCGUUGGCUCGGCUCGCCUGCGUGCAGCCCUCCACUCUCACCUCUCAGAGCGCCUGGCUCUGCGGACCCCGUCCCUCUCCCCCCCCCCCGCCCCCAGCCGACGUGGCUGUCCGUGCAGCGCCCCCCCCCCCCCUCGGAAACGAGGCUUUCUGCACAAAGUCCGCCGGGAGAAGUCAAGAGCCCAUUUUCAACUGAACUUGCGGAAAUCUUGAGUGAAGCGGCCCACGGCUGGGCCUUCUGGCCCGCGGGCGGGGUGUGAGUGCAGGUGUGGCCGCUGCUUCGCAGGGCGUGUGCGCCUGGAGUGGCCGCCCGCAGGCUAACCGGCUGCCCUGCCCCCUCACAGAGCCAGACACCGCCCACCCCCCCAUAGAAACCGCAGAUGCGCAGCCCUGGAUCACAGGCCUCCCGCCCAGCCGCACCCUCUGGGGUGCCCACUCUAGACUCAACACUCUGCCCCCUCUACUUUAAGAGAAACACCUGACUCGCAGCCGCCCCCUCCCCGAAAGCUCUGCGCCCCCGUGUCAGAGCAGCGGAGAGUGGGCUUUCCCGUGUUCCCCAGGUCGGGCCGUCUGGGAUCCCAGACCCCCCUGGCUGUUAGGAAGGCCGUCGGUCUGUGAGCGGUUGUAGCACUGAUGGAGCCAGUGUGUUCACCGGGGUGUCGUCCUCCCCCCACCCCCCCCGGGGUCCCCUCACCUUCCCAGCCCCGCCCCCGCAGGAGGAUCUGAUUUGCACUCUUCUCUGCCCGCAUGGGCUGACCCCCGCGCCUCUCCAAGGGCGGUGGGGUUCUAGCUUGGAGGGGGCGCUGAGCUGCUGAGAGCUCAGGCCGCCCGGGAAGGGACCUGCGCUCGCCCCGCCGCCAGCACUUUGCGCCCCAGCCCGCGUCCGUGUUUACAGGGAACUCUCGAGCUCACGCUUUAUAUUUUAUGUUGGAGAUGGGCGGCCACCCUACGGUAUUUAUUACGCUUUCCAGACUUUCUGAAUAGGUUUUUUUAAUAAACACGGGUUUUAUGAAGUGUACUAUUUUUCUAGCACAGCUCUGACACUGGCCUCUCUGCACUGUUACGGGUGAUGGUCUGCAGGUCUGCAGGUGAGCGUCUCGCCUCCCUGCCUCUUGCCCUCCUGCCAGCCUCUGCCGCUGCCCCCGGCCUCCUCUCGUCCUGGGGGCUGGUAGUGUGGCUGCAUCUGUGCACGUGUAGGUGUGAGUGCUGAGUGUGUGUACAUGUGUGUUUGUGAGUGCACGACGCCCUGGGCAGCUGGGCAGGAGACAGUGGACAGUUGUGUUGGAGUGAAGCAGGCCUGGGGUGGGGGGCGGCGGGCUGCUGGUCUCCAUCCCCACGGUCUCCCCUGGGUGCCUCCACGUGCCACUUCCUGCCCAUCUUUUCUUUGUACAGAAAUAAAGCAAGAAGCUACGCUGUUGGUCAUCA